GGGCGCCGUGCCAGGAUGCGGUGGGGGUCUUGGUGCCAGUCUGGGGGCGCUGCCGGUUCCAUCCCAGGCCGGGAGCCGGGACUCCAGUCGUGUUCUCCCCGCCCCCGCCCCCCUGUCCCCCCACAUCCCGGCUCCGCCCCCCAUCCCGGGCCGGUCACAUGGAGGCGGCGGCGCCUGCCCCGAGCGCAGGCAGCGGCCGCCUGCAGCAGCCCGGCGGCGUGUGCGGGACAAAGGGCGGCUGAGCCCGGAUCCUCGGGCGGGACCCCGCGGCCCGGGCCCGGAGCGCCCCGGAUCCUACGUCCCCGGGGGGGCCCGUGCGCCCCGAUCCUACAUCCCCAGGGAGGGACCGUGCGCCCCUGUAUCCUGCGCCUCAGGGGGGACCGUGCGCCCCGGAUCCUGCGCCCCAGGGGGGACCGUGCGCCCCGGAUCCUGCGCCCCAGGGGGGGGACCGUGCGCCCCGGAUCCUGCGCCCCAGGGAGGGACCGUGCGCCCCGGAUCCUACAUCCCGAGGGGGGACCGUGCGCCCCGGAUCCUGCCCCCCGGGGGGGGGACCGUGCGCCCCGGAUCCUGCGCCCCAGGGAGGGACCGUGCGCCCCGGAUCCUACAUCCCGAGGGGGGACCGUGCGCCCCGGAUCCUGCGCCCCAGGGGGGGACCGUGCGCCCCGGAUCCUGCGCCCCGGGGGGGACCGUGCGCCCGUGAAGGCGACCGAAGGUCGGAUGCGGUUCCGCUCACCCGAGGUGCUGGCUGCAGUGACGUCGGGGGGCUUGGCCCCGCUGCGCUACGUGGAUGACCAGGGCCAGCCCACCCAGGAGUACCCCCUGAACCCCAACGGCUCCCCGCUGGGCAUCGCCGGGCUCUGCUCGCCCGACGGGCGCCAUUUGGCCAUGAUGCCCCACCCCGAGCGCUGCGUCCUGCCCUGGCAGUGGGCCUGGAUGCCGCCCGACUGGCGCCGCACCAUGGAGGUCUCGCCCUGGCUGCGCAUGUUCCAGAACGCCUGCGAGUGGUGCCUGGAGCACCCCGAGGGGGAGUCCUGACUGCGGAGCCCAGUCGCCAGCCGGUCUCGUAUCCCAAGAAAGCUCCCAUGGAAUUUAAUACCCGGCUCGGACAAGAGACACAGAGAUGCUGCUGCUCGUCAAUUUGUGCAAAGGAAAAACUCGUUUUUCAACUGGACUUUGGCUCCUAGGAAGGGAGAGUGGAAAAGCUCAGAGCUGAGGCUGGGUCUCCUCAGUGGUGGGACUGGCCAGCUGAAGACGUCCCUGGGCUGAGAUCAAAGGCAUCAGAAACUCCUCUGCCAAUGACAGCUGAUGCAUUGAGAACUGCCCAAAGCCAAGCAGAGUUGGACCUUACAAAAGAAAUUCAAACCCGGUAAAAGGUUCUGUUACCAUAUAAAUAAAACCAGGAAGGAGGAAGUGGGACUGCUAUCCUAACGCUC